AUCUUCGUCCAGGUAACUCUAUCUCGAUCGAGUGGACUAGUUUUUUAUCGCGUGCGUGGCGCGUGGUGGGGGUAGCAGCUGCGCAGGAACGCACGAAGGCACCGCGCUAGCACGUAGGUCAAGUUACGAUACUCUGCGCGCAUUCAGUUCGCGGGGAGCGCUCGUACAGUGCGCGUUGUUGUCCCGUGUUCCUCUAGAUGGUUGAUCACGUGGGAAACAUUGCGCCGAGUUUUCGCGAUUCCGUGGCGGAGAAGGGCCGAGGGAAAGGGAAUAAAUGUGCGCGAGUCCGUAAUGGACAACCCUAGCGGCGGAAGAGAUAGUCGGUACGCAAGUCUUGGCUACAGCAUGGGGAUGAUAGGCAGCGACGCUGGCUCGGAAAUGUACGGCCGACCGUCCACCUCCCAACUUACAACUUCUCAAAUAAGCCGCGGUGGCGCCACCAUGAUGGCAGCGGCGGCCGCUGCAGGCGCACCGAAUGCCGGCGUGGGAUCUGUACAGAGGGGUAUCAAGAGGACCACUUCGGACGUCUGUUACGAUGACAGUAACGCACGGCAGGCACUUUCGCAACAGCAGGCCAUGUCAAUGUCCACAGACUGUGUCCCCGAUAAUCUCGAGGAGUCAUUUACGAGUUUGGGUCAACCGAAAAAGUCACCCCCCUCGAACGGUAAGAAGACCAAAGGACGGGUCAAGAUUAAAAUGGAGUACAUCGACAAUAAACUACGGAGGUAUACCACCUUCUCGAAGAGGAAAACCGGAAUUAUGAAGAAGGCGUACGAGCUGUCGACACUGACAGGUACACAGGUGAUGUUGCUGGUAGCCAGCGAGACCGGGCAUGUGUACACGUUCGCGACACGAAAGCUGCAGCCGAUGAUAACGAGCGAGGCCGGGAAGGCGUUGAUCCAGACCUGUCUGAAC